CAGUGUGGUGAAAUUUCCAGUGGCUGACGUAGGGCGGCAGCACUUGUAAAUAAUAAGAAAAUGAUGCUCACUUAUUUGCUUUGUUUAUAUUUUCUCUCAUUGUUCGAAGAGACUUCGAAGAGAUUCGUGCAUAAAUUCGGAAAUUCAUAAAUUCGCAAUUUCCUAAAAUUUAGUGGAAAAUGCGGAAAUUCUUUCAGGACUUGAGUCAAAAAAUUCAACUGAGAAGAAUGAGUGGUUAUAGUGUAUCCGAGCUUUGGCCCAACCCGGCGGCAGGACGUUUGCCGGUGCUCAGUGACUUUGCCAAGCAACAGCUGGUCCUGUGCAAGGAGCUGGCCAAGCCCAGCCAUCAGCCCGAUGCCGUCGACUUGGAAGCGUUCAUGUCUAUCUCCGAUAGGUUUCCCAUUCCGUUCGGCACGGAUGCCGGUCGGGUGAAGUCGCAGCCAGUGGAGCGAAGGCCACACAUACGACAGCAAAUAGCAUCCGCCUAUCCCAUCAUACACGAGCAGGUCUUGUUUCUCUACAUGAACUUUCUGGAGCACAAGCUGAAGUUUGGCAACCCGAAGGAGCUGAGUGUCUAUAAGAAUCUCACGCUGCCGGAAUUUGUGCAGAGGCUGCUGGAGAAACGCUGCGUUUACUUCGUCGGCAUGUUGGAUGACUUUAUGCUGCUGGACGGCACCCAUGGCUAUGGGGGCUUUGAGCAGACUGGCACCAUGAACGAGAGUGCUCCGCUCGAGCUGAAGAACGUGCUGAGCUAUGACGAGAUCAAGCUAUCGGCCCUGCUCUAUGCCUCCACGCACUCGGAGUUCAUCAACGAUGGCUCGCGCACGAAUGCCGGUCGUGUGGAGCAGGACAAGUCAAGGAUUGAGACGAAUGGCAUCAUCAUGGGGCUGAUCGGGUCGCGCUUCGGGCGCAGUAAUGUGAUGGAGUGCGAGGAUAUCUUAAUAACGCGCGAGCAGAAUACGGCCAACAGAGGUUACGGCUACUCGGGAUCUGCUGAGAACCGGGUGCAGGAUUAUCGCCGUCUCUGGCGCCAGUUCUACGAGGAACCCAAAGACUUUCGCUACAACGAUGUGCAGGCAGACGGUAAACGCUUCAUACAGCUGAAACACGACAUCAAGUUCGACAAGCAGGUUAUGGGUAAGCGCUUCGCCAUCAGCUUCGAUACGCUGCUCCUGGAGGCGGAGGCACGUGCCGCUUCCGCCGGCAAACCGGCGUACAUCCAUGUUGUGGGCAUUGGCCUGGGCGUUUGGAAGGUGUCGGACCAGCAGGAGGAAAUCUUUUUGGCCACCUUUGAGCAGCGUCUGCGUGCGCUCAGCGCCAAGCUCACCCACAUUGGCGUUGUGCACUUCUCCUGGUUCCAUCUGGACAAAUGGGGCGGCCUGUUCGAUGGCGCUUGCAUAGAGGAGCCCGCGCAUCCACAGGGCGGCAUCCAGGUGCGCAUCUCCGUACGCAAUCCGGCCGACAAGCUCAAGGAGCCCAUGCUGCCCAUUGUCACCUAUGCCUGGGAUGGCAACGCCCUGCCGGGCAACGAGUUCUGGUCGAAAUCGCUCGACAGCAGCAGCGAUCCGGCUGCCGCCUGUUCCACGCUCAUAGCCGAAUUGCUGAAUGCGCACAUUAACAAGGACUACAUGAGUGGCAACAAUCUGCACAUUGCAUCCAUGCAGCAUGGCGUGCUCCACAUAUCGGACUAUGCAGAGAAGCUGCUUAACGACGUAGCAGCUCGCGAUCUCUGAGGAAUCAUGGCUGACUAGCAUUUGCAAAUGUUUUUACUCCAUUGUUGUUAUGCAUAUUUACUGUAUAUAUAUAUAUAUAUAGUGCAUGCAUAUGCAUAUUUAUUUAUUUAUCUUAUGUCUCCUAUGCUUAUCUUUGUCAUAUUUGUGCAAGUCACGUCAACUAUUCAGAUAAGAAUUUACCUACGAUUUUAUGUAAUAUUUUAAUAUGCAACUAUUUUAAAUCGCCAUUGUUGUUAGCUGUGACUGCGAAAGAUUUGUAAUGUUUAAUUGAAGCUCAGCUGAAACUCGAUUGGAAUUGACGCUAUAAGUGGAUAA